CAACCUUUUCAUUUAUGUUUAAUUUUCUUUUCUCUCUCCAUCAUUUCAUUUUCCUUUCUCUCCCACUCUCCAAAACUGACUGGCCUCUUCUGUUCUUCUUCUUCUUCCUCUCUCUCCCAAAUAAUUCAAAAUACCUCUCGACAACGGCGGGUGUGAGAAAUACGACGCCGGCGACGAGAGCUACGGGCAGGAAGAAGACGGCGGUGCUUGGAAACGCCGGUAGCGGUGCUUGAAGGAAGACGAAGUCGGCCGAGCAAGAAGGAAGACAUCGACGCCAGUAGCGCGAGGAAGACGACUACACCAGCUGCGAAGAGAAGAAAGUUUUUGAGGUAAGCAUCUUCCUUUCUCCUGAUUCAUUGACGGUGAAGGCGGAUCUUUGAGGUAGGUGUUUUGGAUCUGAGAUUCAUUGUUAGGGAUCUGAGAUUCUUGUCGGGGGAUUUGAGAUUCGAUUUGGGGGAUCUGGGAUUCUUUUGAUUGGGGGGAUUUGGAUUUCUUUCGAUUUGGGGGAUCUGGGAUUUUCUGUGGCUGGAUUACAUAUAUUUGAUUUAGGGUUUCAUAAAUUCGAAUGGAUCUGAGUUUUUUUUUUUGCUUCGUUUUUUGGAUCUGAGGUUCAUUGUUAGGGAUCUGGGAUUCUUGUCGAGGGAUUUGAGAUUCGAUUUGGGGGAUCUGGGAUUCUUUUGAUUUGGGGGAUUUGGAUUUCUUUCGAUAUGGGGGAUCUAGGAUUUUUUGUGGCUGGAUUACAUAUAUUUGAUUUAGGGUUUCAUAGAUUCGACUGGAUCUGAGUUUUUUUUUUUUUUUGCUUCGUUUUGGAUCUGAGAUUCAUUGUUAGGGAUCUGGGAUUCUUGUCGGGGGAUUUGAAAUUCGAUUUGGGGGAUCUGGGAUUCUUUUGAUUUGGGGGAUUUGGAUUUCUUUCGAUUUGGGGGAUCUGAGUUUUUUUGUGGCUGGGAUUUCUUUCGAUUUGGGUUUCUUUUGAUUUGGAGGAUUCGUUUUUUGAUGUCGAUAUUGUUUAAGGUUUCUGAAUUUUACUCGUUAAUUUGAUAUUUUUUUACCUGGAAAAUUGUUUAGCUGGCAUGGGAUACCAUUUAGUUUAAUGUGGAUAUUGUUUGGUGGUUGAUUGUCCGGAUAUUGGUUAUGUGAUGCAUAGAUAUUUGUAUGCUAGGUCUGGAUAUUUUUAUGCCCUGUAUGGAUAUUAGUUCAAUGAUAUUAGCUCUUUUCAGGAAUUGUUUCUGGAUUUUGCUCGUUAAUUUGAUAUUUUUUUUAACUGGAAAAUUGUUUAGGUGGCAUGGGAUACCAUUUAGUUUAAUGUGGAUAUUGUUUGGUGGUUGAUUGUCCGGAUAUUGGUUAUGUGAUGCAUAGAUAUUUGUAUGCUAGGUCUGGAUAUUUGUAUGCCCUGUAUGGAUAUUAGUUCAAUGAUAUUAGCUCUUUUCAUGAAUUGUUUCUGGAUUUUGCUCGUUAAUUUGAUAUUUUUUUACCUUGAAAAUUGUUUAGCUGGCAUGGGAUACCAUUUAGUUUAAUGUGGAUAUUGUAUGGUGGUUGAUUGUCAGGAUAUUGGUUAUGUGAUGCAUAGAUAUUUGUAUGCUAGGUCUGGAUAUUUUUAUGCCCUGUAUGGAUAUUAGUUCAAUGAUAUUAGCUAUUUUCAGGAAUUGUGCAAGAUGACAAAAUCCGAAAGGUGUUCGAUGCCAGCUCCUCCAAGAGAAGGGGAGGCGGAGACACAUCACUGGCUCAAUCCAGACGCAUCAUGCUGGGAAAACAAAGAUUUUGACAACCUUGACCUAAAUCAGCUUGCGGCAAUGGACUCAAUGGUUGAGAGCAUGAUCCAAAUGUGGAGGGCUCGGGACGACGCGCUCAAAAAAAUUAUCAAGCGUCAGCAAGACAACAGUUGAACUAUUGGUUUCUCAUUUCUUAUAUGGUUGUGCUUUUUCAGAUUUGAAAUUCUUGGAUUGCCAAGUUGUAAUGACAUUAAAUACUAGUUUUAUCG